CUCUUCCCUGACGCAGACGCGAUAGUCUCAAGUUUUGGAAACCGUCUUGCAAUGCAAGCAAUGGCAAUAAUAACCGACUCGUAGCAAAUACUUUAUCUUGCCGCCAAAUCAGUCAUCACCAAUUCCUCACCGCUUCGAUCAUUACACGCCUGAACGCGCUUUACCUUGAAAACAUUAUCGAUAUGGCGACAGCUUCGCCGACGCCCAUGGGCAAUGGUCUUGUCCGACGAACAUCCCAGCGGCAAGCUUUAAGGAGAUUGCCAUCGCGACCCAUUAUGAACCACAGCGACAACUUCCAUGGUUCAACGAAUGCUGCUCUCCCUAAGGGCUACCAUCCCAAACCCCAGCAAUUCCACGACGACAGCUCCGAGGAUGAGAUCCCAGUACCUAUGAAGCUGAGCGCUCUCACCAAGGCGCUUCUAAACGACGGCGCCCCUACAUCAACAGAGCAAGCUCCUUCACCUCCCCGGACGCGGCGACGUACCAGUGCCCUGAACGCGUCCACAUCAUCGGCGACUGAGACACGCCGGCACAGAAGAUCCGGAAGCGUCCAGGCCCACGAUACAAGGUCUUCAAGACAAGCUAGCCCGACACCAGCUACAAGCAGAGAAAUAAGUCCGGUACGAAAGAGGGUUGUAAGAUUAAGCAACACACCUCAGAGUCUCAGCCAAAUGCAGCCAACAAAGCGACGCUCAACUUCAGUCUCCCGAUCAAAUCAACGAUCUCGACCUCACAGCCGCCCUGGAAGCCGCGACAUGUCUUCUGACGAGAGACAGGAUUCCAAGCAGGACUCUAAGGAUUCCAAGCAUGAUUCUCAAUUGGACGUGAACACACCUGCACAAGGUGGACGCGUCGUCCGAAUUAAUGCUGGUUCUCCAAGCAACAGGAGCAGAGUUGGCUCCACUGGCCCUUCUUCAGGGAGGUCGAUGGAGCGAUCCAUGCUAGAUAGAUCUGCUAUUGAGGACAACGACCAACCUGAAGAGCCAGCCACAGUCGCGCGAAAUCCUCCUCCCUUCCACCAAGGCAGUGUCUCUCGAUACCCUUCAACAAGUACAAGGACACGACCUGAGGAUAAUAUUAACCUACAGAGUUCAAUGCGCGUGAAGCGUGUUAGCAAGGUUGCAGGUAGCUUUUUGAGCGGACCAGCCCGACGCGGUCGCCGAAGGCAGAGCGAAGAGGAGGGGGAGGCCAACGCCGAUGGAGAAUUGAUAUUGUCUAGUCAGGAAGCUGAGAGUCAACCCGGGGAGGAUCAACAUGCCGCUUCAUAUUAUGGAGACGGUAUUCGAGAUUUCAACUCAGGAAGCCCAGUAAGCGGACAAGCCGCUGCGAGGGCAGUCCAUCGCCGUAAUGCUUCCAACAUGGACCUACGCCUAGGCUCUGCAAGAGCAUCCAGGGAAACAUCACCUCGUGAGCCUACACCAGAGGUUCAGGUUCCCGAGUCCGAACCGAAGCCUGAACAGGAGGAGGAGAUUCAUUACAGACUCCCCGCACCUCGUCCAGAACUCCCCUCAGGUCGGGAUCAAGAGAACGAUGUCCAAGCAAGCCUCAAGAGGACGAAGCCAUCAAUGGAGGUUCUUCUGGACAAGAUGCCAAAAAGACCGAUGAGCGCUGACCCUGCUCCCCUAAGAACAGUCUCACCCGACCGAAAGCCUCUUGCUUCUAUGGCUAGAAAUACUCCCCUUCGCCAGGCUCCACCGCCACCUCCCAAGAUGUCUGUCCUCGAGGCUGCCACUUCUACUGCGGGUGCUGCUACGGCUACACAGGCAAAGCAAAGGAGGAAUAUCCUGCGGGUGAAUGGUGUAGCCUAUACUCGACUUGACUGUCUUGGCCGAGGUGGCAGUGGAAAGGUGUACCGUGUUGCUGCUGAGAAUGGCAAGAUGUUUGCUCUGAAGCGGGUCUCUCUUGAGAAUGCAGAUGACUCAACCAUCAAGGGCUAUCUUGGUGAGAUUGAUCUUUUGAAGAAGCUUGGAGAGGUGGAGCGAGUUAUCAAGCUGUUUGACUGUGAGAUGAAUACAGAGAAGCAAGUUCUCACUUUGCUUAUGGAGAUUGGAGAACUCGACUUCAACACUUUUUUGAGAAAACGGUAUAACCCCGAGGCUGCCAAGUUCGAUCCAGUCUUUGUACGAUUUUACUGGAAAGAGAUGCUCGAGUGUUUGCAAGCAGUUCACCAGUGUGAUAUUGUCCACUCUGACCUCAAGCCUGCCAAUUUUGUGCUUGUGAAGGGUCAGCUCAAGCUCAUUGACUUUGGCAUUGCGAACGCUAUUCAAACCGACGAGACUGUCAACGUCCACCGUGAGACUCAGGUUGGAACACCCAAUUACAUGUCACCUGAGUCUCUCAUGGACUCAAAUAACCCCCGGGGUGGCCGCGUUCCAGGUCGGCCUAAGCUUAUGAAAUUGGGCAAGCCCAGCGAUAUAUGGUCUCUGGGUUGCAUUUUGUAUCAGAUGGUUUAUGGCCUCCCUCCAUUUGGCCACAUCGCCAACCAGAUGUCAAGGUGUCAAGCCAUCAUUAACUGGGAUCACGACAUCGAGUUUCCUUCACGCGGCAUGGGAGGCAUGUCCGUUCCCCCUUCACUCAUCCGCACUAUGAAGCGCUGUCUUAACCGCGAUCACCAUAUGCGACCAACCUGCGAGGAGCUAUUGCACGAGUCCGACCCCUUCUUAUACCCCGCAGAGCUCACCGACAAGGCCCUCCCCAUUGACGAGGAGCUGCUUGCCAGAAUCAUCCAGAGCGUGGUGACGAGAUGCCGGGAGCGCAUGCCAACAGAGAGCGAAAGCUUAAGCGUCUGGCCACAGGCUUAUUGGGCCAGUGUUAAGAAAGCGAUGGCCGGGAGAAUGUGACAGAAGAAUUAUCAUGUAUAAUGCUGGAGUUGUCGGGGCGCUAUUGCUCGCUGGAUCAAUGAGUUUAUGACCAAUUUGAACGGAUUAGAAAGAAAGCAUUCAUAGCUGGGUGUUGAGGAGUAUCAUUCUUGUCGUUCGCUGCAUACCUGCAUACCUACUUUUGUACUUCAGACAUAAGGGAUUUUUUUAUAAUAUGGCAAGGCUUUCGGAAGUCAGGGGCGUCUAUGGCUUUUAACUGCGCGUUUCAGCGAGUUAACUGAAUAAAAGCAUUUUCAGCGAUAUUAACAAACUUGAAACGCUCCAUUGGCUUUGUAAAGUUUGCUGUAUUAUUGUACAGCCAGCUUGAUGCUGGUAAUGGUACAUUGUUUCGAGGCAUUUCCUAUUUGUACAUGGACAUCAACAGUUUUGUUGAAACAGAUCCUCGAAACAUCUUCCUCUCAACCCUGUGCCAUCUCGUAAAUCAUUCGAUAUCCUCCAAGUUGUUGAUGUUCAGCUCCGAAAUCCGUAGAAUAGUAUAUCGGUGCUUGCUUUUUGCCUGUCUCUUUCUCCUCUGCCUCCUCUUCUUCUUGAUUUUGAUUCGUAGCGGUUCAGAUUCUGUUCCAACAACAGUAGCCCUGCACUCAAAAACCCGCUCAUCAAUGUGGGGAGCGCCUUUCAUGGUGUAAUCUCUGCUACCAAGAACACUCGCACGGUUGAGUCGUAGUACAUCUCCAGGUUGAACGCCGGGCAUACGGAAAGGUAGACGAACUUGAUCGCCCUCGCGCACAAGGUAGGGAAAUCCAUGGACAUGAACAGUGAUGUAGUGGUCUGGCUGGGCGGCAAGGAAUGGCAAAAGGUUCUUGACUGAGUCUUCCAUAGGCUUUGGAGGCGGUGUAGGAUGGCUGACUUUGAAAGCGAGGGGUCGAGGUUCAUUUGCCGUGGGAUUGGUGGCAUUCUUUGGGUGACGCUCAGGGAAUGGCUCGACGAUGGGAGCUGUGGAGGUGAAGGCGCGGGCUUGGAUUGCCAAUAUAGACGAGGGUGUCGAGAGUCGAGCGCUGGGAGCUCUAAGCUCCAGCAUGGAGCGGAAAAGUGCCCUGCUCAUUAUGGACCGCAGUGCCUUUCGGGCUUGGGCACUAUCGCUGGUCAAUUGAGGGGAAUGGGCUGUCGGCCUUGAAGUCGUUGUAGUGCAUCUCGAAAAAGUUCAGGCGUUG